AGCAGGUGGAUCUCCCACAGCCUCUGCUCACAGCUACCAUGAAGGUCUCCGCCGCCGCCCUCGCUGUCAUCCUCGCCAUGGUUGUCCUCUGCGCUCCUGCAUCUGCCUCCCCAUAUGCCUCGGACACCACACCCUGCUGCUUUGCCUACCUCUCCCGCCCGCUGCCCCGCGCCCACCUCCGGGAAUAUUUCUACACCAGCAGCAAGUGCUCCAUGGCAGCAGUCGUUUUUAUCACCAGAAAGAAUCGCCAGGUGUGCGCCAACCCAGAGAAGAAAUGGGUGAAGGAGUACAUCAACGCUUUAGAGUUGAGCUAGGAUAAAGGACGCCUUGAACCUGAACUUGUGCAAACUUUGCUUCUUGCUCUUGUCCUAACCAGCUUGGGAGGUUUCCCCCCAGUGCCCUCCUCCCACCCGCUCCUUGGAGGGCACAGAUUCCACCACCCGCAGCAACUGCUGUAAAAGCCUCCCAGGGCUCCUGGGGCUCUGCCUUGUGCACAGGAGGUCUCUAGGCUCCGAGCUUCAGAGCCCUCGCCCGGC